AUGAACCCAGAACCUCUCCCCCCUCAUCUUGGUUUCGGCAAGGUGAAAGAACCUGUCAAGAAGCCUGCCCCCCCCAAGAAACCUCUCAACAAAUCCAAAGACCUUGUUGUUUUUGAUGAGAAACUGGUGUUGCUUCAUUUAGAUGACUGGCAUCUGCCUGUUGACAUCAUUGACCUCACCAUCAAUCACAGUCAUGGUAACAGGGAUGAACACAUAUUCAAGGGAGCAACACGCCAGGUUUCUCUGUUAGCUAAGGAUGUCCAACAAUUCGGAGAUACCAUUGGCUGGUUGAACAACUGGAACAUCAGCAACACAGUUGCACUGUUCCAACAAGGUUGGCCUGCUUCUGACCCCAUAGUUCCCACCAAGCCCCCUCCCAACAAGAAGAAUGGAGAGGCUUUUAGUUGCAAAGUCUUCUCCUCUUACAUGUGGCCUGACUUUGACACAUACUUGAGGACAAAGUGGAUGGAAAAGCAUGUUGCUAAGAAACUCUGCCGAAAUGUGUUUGAUAUGGAAGCAUGCUGGGAACAUUCAGAGUGGCUAUUCCCCCUCCACAUGGCAAAUCACUGGGUUCUGGGGCAUGUGGACUUUGUCAAACACCACAUCAUUAUAUAUGACUCACUGUGUCACCAUUGGAGGUUGGCUGUUACAAUGAUAAAGUGUAUGGUGACGGCAAUCACUGAGGAAUCUUCCCAGGACCAGCCUGGGUGCUUAUGGGUAGGCUGGGAAGCACAUGCAGCCUUGGUCCUGGAACAACAGAAUGGCCAUGAUUGUGGGUUGUGGGUGCUAGCCCAGAUAAUGGCAGUCAUGCAGGGUGUUGACCAGACAUCCAUGACUGAUGCAGAGAUGCCACAGUUCUGUCACUGGUUACAUGACAACAUGGAGAGUUUGUCAUAUGCACCAGUAGCACCACAUGCACCAGCAAAAGAGGAGAGCGUGCUCUUGGACUCAAACGAGACCAUGUUAGAGUUGGUGGACUCGGACAAGGCCAUGGAUCUCAAUUAG